AUGAGGUCUUCCGCCGAUUUAGACAUAGAAAAGACGGACGGAAACCGUCCAAGCAACAACAUUCCAACCUUGCCUGGUUCUCAUUGUACUGAUUCUCCCCAGUUCGGAGAAAAGGUCCUGGAUGGUACAACCGGCACUCGUGAGUAUCGUGAUUUUCAUGAUGAAAGUCCAGCCAUCAACGUGACGGAGGAACAGUCUCAUACAGAGGUCCAACACGAUUGCAGCCUACCGCAGACAGAGACAACGCUUGAAGAUGGUCUCCAGAGACCCUCAUCAAGAGCGUCCGGCUCAGACAGCUCCACACACAGCGCCCCGAUGACUCGAGUCACAACGGAUGCAGAUGGAAACACUUAUCCUGAAGGCGGUUUGGAGGCCUGGCUAGUUGUCUUUGGUAGUUUCAUGGGUCUCUUUGGCUCCCUUGGCCUGGUAAACACCAUUGGAACUUUCCAGGCCUACAUUGAGGAUCACCAGCUGAAAGAAUACAGCUCUGGAACCACGGGCUGGAUUUUUGGCAUGUACGCCUUUUUGACCUUCUUCUGCGGUGUACAGAUAGGUCCAGUCUUCGACGCCAAGGGUCCUCGAUUCUUGGUCUUUUCGGGUGCCGUACUGGUCAUCAUCAUGAUGGUAGCUCUGGGUUUCUGCACCCAGUAUUGGCAUUUCAUGCUGGUCAUCGGUGUCGCUGGAGGUAUUGGAGCCUCGCUCAUCUUCACCCCCGCAAUAGCCGCGAUCGGCCAUUUCUUCAACGAGAAACGUGGCGUUGCAACUGGCAUUGCUGCCACAGGUGGCUCCGUAGGAGGUGUUGUCUUCCCUCUUACCUUGGAGGCCUUGUUCCCCAAGAUAGGUUUUGCAUGGGCAACCCGGGUGGUUGCGCUUCUUUGCCUUAUCUCAGUGGCCAUUGCGUGUUUGUUGAUCAAGUCUCGAUUGCCCAAAAAGCCCGCUGUAAAAGAAAAUAUGCUGCCCGAUUUUCGUAUUUUCCGGGAACCAAAAUUUGCUCUUACCACAGCUGGCGUCUUCUUCAUCGAAUGGGGCCUCUUCAUUCCGAUCAGUUACAUCUCUUCCUAUGCCUUGGCUCAUGGCGUUUCCUCCAAAUUUUCGUACCAGAUCCUGGCGAUCCUCAAUGCGGGUUCGUUCUUCGGUAGAGGGAUCCCUGGGUUUGUGGCCGAUUAUUUGGGACGGUUCAAUACGCUCAUCGCCACGGUUGCGUUAUGCCUCGUCUGCAACGCGUGUCUCUGGCUUCCGGCCGGCAACAGUGUACCUGUCAUGGUUGUGUACUGCGUCAUUUUUGGUUUUGCAAGCGGCAGCAACAUCAGUCUGACCCCUGUUUGCAUUUCUCAGCUGUGUAAGAUCGAGAAUUACGGCAGGUACUAUGCUACCGCGUACACGAUUGUGAGUUUCGGCACGCUUACGGGCAUUCCAAUCGCGGGUGAGAUCCUGUCCCGGUGCAAUGGCGAGUAUUGGGGCUUGAUUACCUUCACGACUUGCUGCUACGCUCUUGGCCUCAUCUGCGUCACGUUGGUCAAGGUAAUUCACGUUGGCUGGCGUCACCCACUAGCGAUAUACUGA